AUGGCCGCUUUCGUCAUGUCCGCGUGCGGCGCGCCUGCGCUAAUAACACUUUCGGAUGUUUGUUUUCACUCGACUUGCAUUCGAUACGAAUCUUUUAACACACAACGUUUCCUUCGAUUGAGUCCGUUUCGCGAAGGACGAGGUGAUCAAUCAAGAUAUCGCGUCACAGAUAUAGAGGUCGUCCGUAGUGACACCGAGAGGACGAGGAACAUGCGUCGCGAAACGCUCUGUGGCCGAGCUGUCGCGGCGAGGACGCGAGUGCGCGUGUCCACAGCGCGCGGCGACGUCAGGCCGGUGCGCGUAUCGACGCCGCGCCGGCCCGCGCCUACCUUCACUCCUUACGAACAA